AUGUCGACCCGGACGCCAUUGCCCACGGUCAACGAACGUGACACCGAGAACCACUCGUCGGCGGACGGCUUCGCGGAGCCCCCGGCUCCCCCAACAAAGUCGGCGAGUCGCCACAGCCUGCCACGAUGUCGCAACUCCUUCACCUCCACGGAGGAGCACCCUCACAUCGGGAACUACCGCCUCCUCAAAACCAUCGGGAAGGGAAAUUUCGCCAAGGUCAAGCUGGCGCGACACGUCCUGACCGGACGAGAGGUGGCGGUGAAGAUUAUAGAUAAAACCCAGCUGAAUCCAACCAGUCUACAAAAGCUCUUCAGGGAAGUGCGAAUAAUGAAGUUACUCAAUCAUCCAAAUAUUGUAAAACUAUUUGAGGUGAUUGAAACGGAGAAGACACUCUACUUGGUGAUGGAGUACGCCAGUGGUGGUGAGGUCUUCGACUAUUUGGUGGCCCACGGUCGCAUGAAGGAGAAGGAGGCAAGGGCCAAGUUUAGGCAGAUUGUGUCUGCCGUGCAGUAUUGCCAUCAGAGGAGGAUAGUUCACAGAGACCUGAAGGCUGAGAACCUGCUAUUGGAUGCAGACAUGAACAUCAAGAUAGCGGACUUCGGCUUCAGCAACGAGUUCACGGUGGGCAGCAAGCUGGACACCUUCUGCGGCUCUCCGCCAUACGCCGCCCCGGAACUCUUCCAGGGAAAGAAGUACGACGGACCCGAAGUGGAUGUGUGGAGCCUCGGGGUCAUCCUCUACACCUUGGUCAGCGGCUCCCUGCCCUUCGACGGGCAAAACCUCAAGGAGCUGCGAGAGCGCGUCCUACGUGGAAAGUAUCGCAUCCCCUUCUACAUGUCCACAGACUGUGAAAACCUACUGAAGAAACUACUGGUGCUCAACCCGGUCAAACGUGGCAGUUUGGAGCAAAUCAUGAAAGACCACUGGAUGAACGUGGGUCACGAAGAGGAGGAGCUGAAGCCGUACACGGAGCCCGAGGCCGACUUCGGCGACGCUACGAGAAUAGAGCUCAUGGUGACAAUGGGCUUCCCUAAAGAUGAGAUCACAGAGUCCUUACAAAGCCAGAAGUACGAUGAUGUCAUGGCCACUUAUCUGCUGCUGGGAAGAAAAGCACCAGAGUUUGAAGGGAGCGAACCCUUAACCAACAGCGUUCUGGCUCAGCGGCAGCGACCCACCAGCGACAUCAACAACGGCUCCAGUAUUUCCCCCGCUCAUCCCAAAGUGACGCGCAGCAUCUCGGCCAAUCAAAAGCAGCGUCGCUAUAGCGAUCACGGUGGGGAUGACUGCGCUGGUUUGACUCUAGUCUACCUCGUCUCAGUGGGCCCAUCGGUGCCGCCGGCAGUGUCGUACACACGGCGCGGCCAGGCUUUGAGCGUGGAGAGCGACCACAGAGAGGAAUGGGACGGAGCGCGCCGGUUGGAGCUAAGCACUUCCAAGGGAGACGUUCCCGCCUCGCCACUAGGAGUGCAGGAGAGGAAGAAAACAACAAGUAGUGUUGGGACCAACGGAUCAAUGACUCGCCGGAACACAUACGUGUGCGAGCGCUCCUCCGCCGAGCGGUACUCGGCCAUUCCCAACGGCAAAGACGGCAGUUUAACCGAGGUGUCGGGCAGUACCCCGUCCACGGCGGUGACCUCCACGCGGCCUCGUCACAUCAAGUCCAUGUCGUCUUCGGGACACCCCUCAAAGAGCACGCUGCCCCCCAUUGAUGACAACGCUGAACUAAAAUCCAGCUCAUCUCCGAGGGGUCCCUCCACCUCCCCGUCGGCGCACAGUAUUAGCACCCCCGAGAAGAACCGCUUCCCCCGGGGCACCAGCAGCCGCAGCACCUUUCACGGCGCACAGCUGCGCGACCGCCGCAGCGCCACUUACAACGGGCCGCCCGCCUCUCCCACGCUGUCCCACGACACGGGCGCCCUGGCGCAGCAGCGACGGGGCACCUCCACCGGCAUCAUCGGCAAAAUCACCUCCAAGUUUGUCCGCAGAGCUCUGUCUUUCAGGUCCACUCAGAGGGUGCCCAGUGAGGGAGAGGCCAGUGCCAGGACAGAAACACCCAGGAGCGCGUCAGGUGAUCCCAAGGAGGAAGCGGGUCGAGACUCCAAACCUCGCUCUCUGCGCUUCACCUGGAGCAUGAAGACCACCUCCUCCAUGGAGCCGUCGGAGAUGAUGCGCGAGAUUCGCAAGGUUCUGGACGCCAACAGCUGCGACUACGAGCAGCGUGAGCGCUUCCUCCUCUUCUGCGUGCAUGGCGACGCGCGCCAGGACAACCUGGUCCAGUGGGAGAUGGAGGUGUGCAAGCUGCCUCGCCUCUCCCUCAACGGCGUGCGCUUCAAGAGGAUAUCAGGCACGUCCAUCGCCUUUAAGAACAUCGCCUGCAAAAUUGCCAACGAGCUCAAACUGUGA